AUGGCCCACAGAAAGUUACAACAGGAGGUGGAUCGUGUGUUCAAGAAGAUCAGCGAAGGUAUGGAUUCCUUCAAUGAAUCUUACGACAGGCAUGAAAUGAGCACGAAUCAAACGCAACGAGAUAAGCUAGAGAGUGAUUUGAAAAAAGAAAUCAAGAAACUUCAAAGGUUGAGAGAACAAAUCAAAGUAUGGCAAACGUCUAAUGAAGUCAAGGAUAAGGACACACUUUUGAAGUAUCGUCAUCUUGUGGAAUCAGCAAUGGAAAGGUACAAACAGGUAGAAAGAGAUUCCAAGACAAAGGCUUAUUCGAAAGAAGGGUUGUCACAGCCAGAGCAACUAUCACCCGAGGAAAAAGCAAAACAGGAUACGAUAGAAUAUGUCAAGGAUGUUUUAGAUCAAAUGCAGAUACAGACGGAGGGUAUUGAAGCUGAAAUCGCAAAACUUUCGAUAAGUGGUAGAAAGGCUAAGAAAGGGGGAAUGGGGCCAAAGGACCAGGAAAGAAAGUCGGAAUUAGAUGAUUCUAUGGAUAUGUUCAAAUUACAUCAAGAAAACCUCGAGCUUGUAUUGCGAUUAUUGCAAAACGGAAAAUUGGAGCCCGACUCGCUUGGCGAAUUGAAGGAAGAUAUCCAAUAUUUCCUUGAGAAUAAUCAAGAUCCAGAUUUCAUGUUUGAUGAUUCGAUAUAUGAGUCUCUAGGAUUAGAUGAAAGAGACCAAGUAUUAGCCCAUGAUGUCAAGAGUGCCUUUGAUAUCAUCAAUGGCGACUCAAAUAAUAAAGAAGAAACUCAAACUGACCACAAUUCUUCUUCUCUGAUAUCGCACUCCAAUGGCAAAAAUUCAAUGGUAAAACGGAGCAUAAGUCCCGCUUCUCCUCCUAUCACGAAAAAAAUACCAACUUCAUCAUCCUCGUCGUCAUCAUCAACAACAAUAAAGACUACUGGAACACUUCAUUCAAGUACGUUUUUAACAAGCCUACCGCCAUCUGCUACGCUGUUGAAGCCUGCUCCACUCCCUAGCCGACCAGUCAAUGAAAAGAAAUGGGCUGAUGCAGCAGCAACAUCAGCACUGAAACUUGAGCAGAAGCAAUCUCCAACUUCUAUACCAUCCAAAACAACGAUUAGUUUAUCUAAACCACCAAUCAUUGGUGAACUCAAUAUCAUUCCUCAAAAUGCGCCAACAUCAUCAUCAUCAUCAUCAUCGUCAUCUCCAAAGAUCACUUCUCAAAAUUCAAAACUUUUGUCUGACACUGCCACCAGUGAUCCAAAGUCGACCGCCCCAGCAAUGCUAUCAACUGCAACAACUGACACCAUAAUUACUAGCCAACUAGAUAAAAUUGUGACGAAACAGGAGCAAGAGCCAUUAUCUCCAAAUGAAAUUAAGCUCACGAAAGAUCCAUUGGUAGCUUCUCUUACACCAGGUAUGCAAAGUUUUGUCUAUUCAUUCAUCCAAGUUAGAAAUGAUAAUAAGAGGAAGAAACAAUCAGAGACUCCAUCAGCUGUGAAUUAUGGCACCAUUUCCAGCUGUAAAGACUUGAUGGUAAACCCAAGAAAGGAUUUGGUACUUGGUCUUAAUUUGACGCUCCAUCCAAAUGAAAUAUUAAAACUCAGCUCAGAAUGGGACGCAUUUAGAUCAACUUUCAAUUAUGAUUUCAGUAAAAAUCCAAUCAAAAUCAUCGACUUGGAUUUGAUUUUAUCGAAAGCUGAUCCUCUUAUUCUAUUCUUUGGUUUCUAUUAUGGGUUGUCAGAAUCCGAAAGAAACAUUGCCAAAAGGGGUUUAUUUUUGAAAAACUGGAGACUAUAUAAAAACCAGGCUUUCUGGUUUUUGAAAGCAGCCCCAUCCUCCUCCUCUGGUGAGAACUUUGAAGUCUCUAAUUACGAGGUGUUUGAUGCUGGAAACUGGAGUGUCAAAGUGUUGACCAAUUAUCAAUUAGACUUGACGCAAUUGACACCGGUUGAUCUAUGA